CCCCCCCCCCUCCUCCAGGUGGUGGCCAGUGACGGUGUUCGGGCUAUGAUGGAGUCGGCCCUGACAGCCAGAGACCGGGUGGGCGUGCAGGACUUUGUCCUCCUGGAGAACUACACCAGCGAGGCCGCCUUCAUAGAGAACCUACGCAAGCGCUUCAAAGAGAACCUCAUCUACACGUACAUCGGCUCGGUGCUGGUGUCCGUGAACCCGUACAAAGACCUGGAGAUCUACAACAAGAACCACAUGGAGCGGUACCGCGGAGUCAACUUCUACGAGGUGUCGCCACACAUCUACGCGGUGGGCGACAACUCGUACCGCUCCAUGAGGACGGAGAGGAAGGACCAGUGCAUCCUCAUCUCCGGGGAGAGCGGCGCCGGGAAGACGGAGGCGUCCAAGAAGAUCCUGCAGUACUACGCCGUCACCUGUCCGGCCAGCGAGCAGGUGCAGACCGUCAAGGACCGCCUGCUGCAGUCCAACCCGGUGCUGGAGGUGAGAUGUUGAGGCAUUAAUGUCUG